UCAUAAUUUGGUUAAUGUGAAUAUAUUGUGGAAUAGAAUAUUAGAAAACAAAAGCAAUAUUCUCAUGCAUCCAAUCAAAGAUGCAACAAGCUAUUUGUGUUCCUCUUUUUACUUAAUAUUUUCAUUAGACUUCAUGUCUUGCGUAAAAGUAAUCUAGCUGUUUAAAGUAAGGAGUUGUGAUUUUCUUGCAGCCGAAUGUGUUCACCCUGAAGAGCCACUGAGAGAUGGGAGUUUAUUGCAGCAUCGUGAGCAGCCGACUCAAAGAAAGACACUUUCAAGGUCGGUUGUCAGUUAUGUGGUGCGCACAAGAAUUAAUCUCCACAUUUACAGAAAGAGAUGUUUCUGUUAAAGUAUCCCUUAAGGACAGAGAGGGAUCCCGGCCCGGGAAUAGGGGAGGACAGAGGGAGGAGAGGAGCUCCGUGGCCGCUGCAUGGGGCGGACCUGACUCCACUCUCGCCUUUGUUUGGGGGCGUCUCCUCUCCUCUCCUCUCUCCCUGUCCCCUCCCCUCCUCUCCUCCGGUCCCCUCCUCUCUUUCCUUUCCCAUCCUACCUCCCUCUCUCUCCCCUCCGGGCGGGAGAAGCCCGUGUUUGGUUCUCAGAGAGAGUCCUUUGGGAAGAGUCACAGAGCGUUUUCCUCACACAGAGAGAGCGCAGAGCAGAGCUCGGGACUCAUCCGCAGGACGCAGCGCUGCCCCGGACACACACACCACCGACACGUCCCAGACCGCUGGGCUGAGGGAGAAGAAGAGAGAGCAAAGUGCGAGAAGAGGGAGAAAGAAGUGUCAGAUAAGGAUGACACCUGAUCUGGGUGCCAGUUGAUCUCUUUUUUUCUAUCUGACAGCUUGAACUGUGGAUCUCCAAGCGCAAGGAGUGACUUUUCAACAUCUGUUCACACUGGGACUGGCCGCGAUUUUUUUUGACAUUUUGGAUUCUACUCCAGUAUGAUUCACCCUACGUUUUAGUACACACGAGGACUAGAAUUGCAUGAAUUAUCAUACGACUGCUUGAUUUGUAGCGAGGCUCACAGCCGCAGCAAAGCGCCACCACGUUGCUCCUCUUGAAUCAGAGUGAAGGAUCUACAGGAGAACAAGUGCACAGUCCGCUGAGGAGAGACCGGGAAACAGAAGGAGAGGCAUCGAGCUGUGGAGAUUUGUUCAUGUUUGGGAUCCAGGAGAGCAUCCAGCGCAGCGGCAGCCUGAAAGAGGAGCCGCUGGGAGGCAUGAACUCUGUCCGGAGCUGGAUGCAGGGGGGCGGCGUGCUGGACGCCAACACGGCCGCCCAAAGUGGAGUGGGUCUGGCCCGGGCUCACUUCGAGAAGCAGCCGCCCUCCAACCUGCGUAAAUCCAACUUCUUCCACUUCGUCCUGGCUCUGUACGACCGGCAGGGUCAGCCGGUGGAGAUCGAGAGGACCAACUUCGUGGGCUUCGUGGAGAAAGAGAAGGAGACGACCGGAGAGAAGACCAAUAACGGGAUUCAUUACCGGCUGCAGCUUCUGUACAGUAACGGUAUCAGAACGGAGCAGGACUUUUAUGUUCGAUUCAUAGACUCCAUGACUAAACAGGCGAUUAUUUAUGAAGGCCAAGACAAGAACCCAGAGAUGUGCAGAGUGCUGCUGACACAUGAAAUCAUGUGCAGUCGGUGCUGUGACAAGAAGAGCUGCGGAAACCGUAAUGAGACACCCUCAGACCCUGUUAUCAUCGACAGAUUCUUCCUCAAGUUUUUCCUCAAGUGCAACCAGAACUGUCUAAAAAAUGCAGGAAACCCACGAGACAUGAGGAGGUUCCAGGUGGUGGUAUCGACUACAGUGAGUGUUGAUGGACAUGUCCUGUCAGUCUCCGACAACAUGUUUGUCCACAACAACUCCAAACAUGGCCGACGGGCCCGCAGACUCGACCCCGCGGAAGGAACGCAGGGAUACCUAGAACAUGGCUCAGCUCCCUGCAUUAAGGCCAUUAGUCCCAGUGAAGGAUGGACUACAGGAGGCGCUACAGUCAUCAUCAUAGGAGACAACUUCUUCGAUGGUCUCCAAGUCAUCUUCGGUACCAUGUUGGUUUGGAGCGAGUUGAUCACGCCGCAUGCCAUCCGGGUGCAGACGCCUCCCAGACACAUCCCCGGGGUCGUCGAGGUCACUCUGUCCUACAAGUCCAAACAGUUCUGCAAAGGCACACCAGGAAGGUUCAUAUACACAGCACUGAACGAGCCGACCAUUGACUACGGCUUCCAGAGGCUUCAGAAGGUCAUCCCUCGGCACCCUGGGGACCCAGAGAGGCUGCCAAAGGAGGUUAUUUUAAAGAGAGCAGCUGACCUGGUAGAAGCCCUUUAUGGUUUACCCCAUAAUAACCAGGAGAUCAUCCUGAAGCGUGCGGCGGACAUUGCAGAAGCUCUAUACAGCGUUCCCCGAGGACACAGCCAGCUCUCCGGCUCCACACACAGCGGCAUGAUGGGGGUCAACUCCUUCACCGGGCAGCUGUCCGUCAACGUCGCUGAACCCUCACAGGGUAAUCAGGGUUUUGUGCGCAGCAGCAGUAGUGUGUCUCCUCACGGUUACGUUCCCAGCUCCACGCCUCAGCAGACCAGUUACACUUCUGUCACCAGCUCCAUGAACGGCUACACCAACAACACCGGCAUGACCAACCUGGGAGGAUCGCCCACUUUCCUCAACGGCUCUGCAGCCAACUCGCCUUAUGCUAUUGUCCCAUCCAGUCCCACUAUGGCCUCCUCCACCUCUCUCCCCUCCAACUGCUCCUCCUCUUCUGGCAUCUUCUCCUUCUCCCCGGCCAACAUGGUGUCGGCGGCCGUUAAGCAGAAGUCGGCUUUCGCUCCAGUGGUCCGGCCCUCCUCUUCCCCCCCGCCCUCCUGCACCAACGGCAACGGGCUCCAAGAUCAAACAUUUGUGGACUCUAGCAAGUACUCAACAGCCAACUCUCUACAAGGCCUGGCCUUCACCUGAACAAUCCCGGAAUGAUCGUCCCACCCAUGUAAAGGUGUGAGUGCAUGACUGUGUGUGUGUUUGUGUGUAUGCGUGUAUGCGUGUGUGUUUGUAACCAUGCGAGAUGAACCAAGCACACUGAUCCUGGCGGAGGAUUUCUGUGCGAGUCAGACUCCGGUCGGGGAUGGAAGCAGCUGUCCCGAUCAGAAGGAACAAACCCAACUCAGGCCCUUUCUAACACAAAAACAACUGCAAGAAAAAACAGAUGAAGAACAAAACAAACAAAGACUUUUGCAAAGAAAAUAAGUUGUUUAGACUUUGUACACCUUGAUGCUUUUAUAGGAGAACGGCCACGCCUACAUUAUGACUCUCCACGGACACAGGAAGUGUAUUUAUUUUGGAGAGAAUCACUUCUUCUCUUGAGUGAUUUGUUUUCUUUUCGUGCAACAGUUAAUGUGUGAUAAUCCUCUUCUAGCUGUUUCUCACAUGAGGGAUUUUCUAUUUAUGAAGUUUGGUCAUUGAUGAAGGAAUAUAAUGUGAAGAAAACCUGACUUGAUGGUGAUGAUGAUGAAGAGACUGAAGGAUUCAGGAUCAAAUCCAGCCGACACAGACAAGCCAAACCAGACACACACUUUCUUCUUUUUUUAUGCCAAAUCCACACUCACUCUUUCAGCACAAACACAGACAGCGAGUCCUUCCUCAGCAUUUCACCUGAAGGAUUGAGACGACUGAUGCUGCAAGUUUAGCUUUUCAAGAAACCCCCAUGUUUGCUUUGAGCUCGCUUGCACUACUGCCUUUUCUAGAAAGAGAAAAUCAGUUUUUCAGCCAACAGAGAGAAAUACAAUUCAGCCACUUAACCAACUAAAUAGAAGCGCCCACCAUGCGAGGUGUCAUAGAGAUAUUAGAUUUGCUAGAGAUCUUAGUCAGAAUAGAUUGGACUGUGAAGAGGCCAUAAGAAAGUGCAAACGUUUGUGAUAACAGGGUGCCGACUGCAUCUUCACUGUUGAGGAUUUUACCCAACAACUCUGCCAGAGUCAUCCAUCAGCGCUGUUUUAAAGUCAGACAUCUCCCCGGCACCUUGAGAGGGGGAACAUGUCUUAAAGACUGCUGCCAUUUUCCCUUUGUUUAUUGUGAUAGUUGCCUUCUCAAAUGUUUGUCUUAAUGCAUAAAUACACAUGUGUUUUCUUUCUUUUGGUUUGCUGUGUUUUUUGUAUUCUUCAGAACAGCCAAUCAGAUUGUGUUUUGUUUUGUUACCCCACUUACUGUAUCUCGUGUGAUUGACGGCUUGAGUGAGAACAUUAUCCAAUGGUGUGUCUUAAAUGCUGCGCUGCAAAAAAUCUAAUCUAAAUCUUCAAUGAGUCUUAAAAUCAAACUUUUUAAAACAUCUUCCACUUAGGUUCACUUUAUUUAAAAUCUGCCCUUCAUUUCUUUUCAUUUUUUAAGUGCAGCUUUAUUUAAAAGUACACCAUAGUUCACAAUAUUCGCAUGCCCUUUUACACUUCCUAAGAGGUAAAGAUUAAAUAUGAAUUUUCAUAUUUUGUAAUACAUAUUUUGAUAUAAACUAAGAAGGACUUUUUUUGCAGUGCAGGACUAUACAGCUAUGUCUUAAAUAACCAGUGUGCAAGUAGGAGAAAAGUAUGUAUUAAUUUGUGGUGAACUCACUGCUUCCUCAGCCCUGCAGUGUGUGUGUGUGGUUCAACAGUCUUAAUUCAUUUAUAAUUAUGUUAACUUUGCCAAACCCCCUUAUUUGAGACAUCAAUUUCUCAUACAGUCUUAUCCCACAGCUCCUACAUUAUUUGUCUUUUCUUGCCAUACAUACAGUGAAGUGUCAAGUGUUCAUCAUUUAGGUUGAUAACAUAAUACAAAUAAAUUGAAAGUACAUUUAGAUUCUUAACUAGACAGAAAACCUAGCUAGAAUCAAGUGCUGUUAUAGUAAAUCCAAGAUAUCUGAUUAACAGGAAAUAUGUGUUUCUCCUGUCUGACGGGAUCUGGCCUGGAAAUUAGUGAAUGAUAAAAAAAGGGAAGAAAAUGUUAAUUUAAACCUCAGCCAGACAUUAGUAGACUCAGAAGGUAAUAAUGAAGGUCCGUCAUUAAAGCAGUGUGCCGACAUGUUGGAUGAAUUAUUAGGGCGUUAUCAAGAAUUUGAUAAAAGACAGAAAACUAAUUUAAAAAGGAAAAUAAAAUCGUUGUGAUUUUAGUGAGAACAACUGAAACAGAGAAACCUCACAUCCCAGAAGUUGUGCUCCUCUGCCUAAAGAUUUGAAUGUUAUUCAGACAUCUUCUCAGUUUUGUCUGUUUUUUUUAGAGCGAUACUUCCAAUGCUAAUUUCAAUCAAACUAAAAUAAGCCAUGGUGUAUUUGUUUUAAUAUUUGUAAGUGAAGGAAGCGGACAAUAUUUUUCAUUUUGUCACCAUGUUGUUGUCCUAUCAUUAUUGUUGAGGUUUGCAUAAUUUAGUUGCAUCGUCUAGUUGUAGAGUUGUUAAAAAUGUCACUAUGAUUAUCUGUGUUUGUCUUCCAUGUGAUGGAUUUAAGGAUAGAGCUGCUCGAUGAAGGCCUUCUCCUGUUCGGUCAGGUUUUCUGUCCUCUCUUUGCUCCCUCUGUCCCUUCAUUUCCCUCCUCCACCUUGUUUUGAUUGUGCUUUUAAUACUCUCUAUGUUUGCCCUCUUUUUUCCUUUCCCUCACAACAUGAGCCACGUAUUUAUUUGAUCUCAAAUAUGGGUCUGGAGACCACUUUUCUGUUUGUGUCUACAUGUGAGAUUGCCUGCGACUGUGAGUGUGUGGGUCAUCUUUCUUUUCUUUUUCUGAAAGAAUAUUGUGAUGUUUUGAAGCUAAAGGAUGUCUUUUUUAUAGUACAUAUAUAAAUACCUGUACAGGAAAGUACAAAGAGGGUUUGGUUAGAAGAAUUAUGAUCUGAAGCACUUGUCCAACAGCAGUAAUAACAUUUAUCAUGGCUUGUCUGCGUUUAGGCUUAAAGUGGUGGUCAUCAUUCAUGCACGCAUUAUCAGCAGUGUGGAGGGGAAGAGUACACAGGAGACUACUGUAAAGAUGAUAAUGUUGAUUCUUUUUUUUAACUUUGAAGUGUAAAAUAACUUUUCGACUCUCACUAUAUUUAAUUAAAGUUCUUUCUUCUCUGUGAAAAA